AUGUCGACAGCUCACAGACCAACAUGGGAUCCUGCGCAGGCAAAGGAUGUAAAGAGUGGCUCACGACAAUAUUCGUCGCGCGACAUGGCGUCGCAGACGAAACUCAAGUUUAGCAAUGCGACGCCAGUUGCUGCGAUCGAGAAUGGCCCGUCCGAGGAAGAGGAUCCUGCGAGUAAACGGCAGAAAAUGCUGCAAGAGGCGCUGGAGCUUGACAGAGAUGAUGACGAUGAUGAUGCUAAAGUGCAGGACAAAGGCAAGGGCAAGGCUACAGCUGAUGAUAUGGACGUGGACGAUGAUGAUGAUGAUGACGAAGACGAGGAUUCCGACGAUGAUGAAGAUGAGACAGCCCAGUUAUUGGCCGAGUUGGAGAGAAUAAAGCGAGAGCGUGCGGCAGAGGAAGAGAGGAAGGCGAGAGAGGUCAGCGAAGGAAAAGCACGGGACUUGGAGGAAGAGAUUGCCACAAGAAAUCCGUUACUGAACCUCGAAGCAGCACUUGGGCAAGGUUCCAAGUCAGGCAAACCUGGCACGUUUGCCGUGAAGAAGAGGUGGGAUGACGAUGUUAUCUUUAAAAACCAGGCCGUUAACUCAUCAGACUCCCCGAACGGACAGUUUGUCAACGACUUGCUGCGUACGGAAUUCCAUAGGAAAUUCAUGGCUAAGUUCAUUAAGUAA